AUGGCACCUCAUGGCAAAGAACUCUCUGAGGAUCUGAAAAAAAAGAAUUGUUGCUCUACAUGAAGAUGGCCUAGGCUAAUAAGGAGAUUGCCAAGACCCUGAAAAACUGGGCUGCAGCACGGUGGCCAAGACCAUACAGCGGUUUAACAGGACAGGUUCCACUCAGAACAGGCCUCACCAUGGUUGACCAGAGAAGUUGAGUGCACAUGCUCAGCGACAUAUCCAGAGGUUGUCUUUGGGAAAUAGACGUAUGAGUGCUGCCAGCAUUGUUGCAGAGGUUGAAGGGGUGGAGGGUCAGCCAGUCAGUGCUCAGACCAUAUGCCGCACACUGCAUCAAAAUUGGUCUGCAUGGCUGUCGUCCCAGAAGGAAGCCUCUUCUAAAGAUGAUGCACAAGAAAGCCUCAGUUUGCUGAAGACAAGCAGACUAAGAACAUGGAUUACUGGAACCUACAGUCAAGCAUGGUGGUGGGAGUGUCAUGGUCUGGGGCUGCAU